AUGCCUGGAGGAUCAAACCACUCAAAGAAAAGAAAGGGUGGUGGAAAAAGUGGAAAAUGGCAACAGAUGGCAAAUCGCACCCCUAUUGAAUCUGGUGAUGUGGGUGUCUUUGUGACAUGCGAGAUGGGCAGAGAAAAAAAGUGUCUUAAUGAAGCAAUCGAUCUUUUUUCUCAAGCCAUUGAGGGAACUGACAAGGAAGAGGAAGAGGAACAAGAUACUGAUGAUGAAGACAUUGAGGCUCAAAUCAAAAGGGAAUUGGAGGGUUUACAGCCUAGCGAAAACAAACGUCGGUUCAAACCUGUGCAGUUGGACAUGCCAUGUGUGACAUUUGUGCGCCUGGAUCCUUCAAUAGAGCCAGUGCAACUAGUUCAUCGUCUGUGUAGCGAGGCAUAUGCCGAUCCAAACACCAAGAAGAGCCGAUACGUUCAGCGUAUGCAUCCAGUCACGGCGAUUCGGAAGACUUUGAGCGUGGAUCUGGAGGCUUUUGCCCGAGAGAUUCUCAAGCCCCAUUUCCACUCCGGUGGCCCACCGAAGACGUACGCUAUUCGGCCUACUGUGCGAGGAAAUUCGAAGCUCAGUCGAGAUGUUAUCAUCAAGGUCGUGGCCGAUGUUGUUGGCCCUGAGCAUCCUGUCAACCUCACAAACUACGAUCAUAUGAUUCUGGUGGAUAUCGCCCAAAAUGUGAUUGGUAUGAGUGUCGUGGGAGGUGAUUAUGAUAAGCUGAAACGGUUCAACUUGGCCGAAAUCUAUAAUCCCAGCCCGAAGGGAGGACCAGAGACCCCAUCAUCUAAGCGCACCGAGUCCAUGACUUAG